AUUUUAUCAAAAACAGUUGUUGGGUAUCUAUACUGACAAAAAUUAAUACAAACAAGGAUGAACUCGACCAAUUGAAAAAUACAUAAAAUACGAAACCUUACGUCGACAUUGUUAUUCUUUAAAUAUGGCGGCGCCCAUGGACCGCAAACCGGUAGAAGGUAAAACUACUAAAUUACCGCCAGAAAUAGAUUUAACUUCUCCACGCUUUGAUGCAACGAAGGCACUCUUUUCUAGGCAAGUACUUUUGCCGUUUGCAUCUGCACAACCACUUGACAAUUUAGCAAAGUUCGAGAGUUGGUCUAAACAAUCAAAGAAAAAUGAAGACAUUUCAAAAAAUCUACAAAUUGAACCAGCAAGGAAGCAAAUACAAAGGCCAAUACCUGCUGUGGCACUUCGUCGGAAAACUGAACAGCAGUCAACUUCUGCUGAUUUAUCCAAACAGUCUGGAAGACACCGGAACAAGCUCAACAGAAAUGUUCUUACACGGAUGGAUGCGUAUAUAAAGGGGCCCUUAAGUUUCCUGAAAGAGUGUGUGGAAAACCGACAUGUUGUGAAGAUUUGGACAAGAGGUGCAUGUGAACUAAGAGGUUUCUGCACUGGUUAUCUGGUGGCCUUUGACAAAUACUUUAAUCUGGCUAUGAUGGAUGUGGACGAAACUUAUAGAAAACCAGUCAGCCGUGAUAAUCGCUUACCACAAUGUACACAGAUGGUACAAUUGAAGCCAACUCCCGAUGAAGAGAAGACAGACAGUACAGGACGGGAUGGUACAGAAAAAUCACCUGACAUCACAGGAAUCCUCUAUUAAAGCUUCUGUAGAAAGUAAUGUGAACGCUAUGGAAAAUCUCAAAAUUACAAACACAGAAAAGUCAAAAGAAACUAGUGAUAGAAACAGUGUAUGUACACCUGUCAAAAGUUGUGCAUCAAGUGCUGCAAGUGAUUGUGGACAUGUAUCACAGACACAUAAACCUCAGGAAAUGUGUUCAACCACGGAACAGAACAAGAACAUUGCUGGAGACAGAGAUGUUAAUGAACUUCUAACCGAUAUCAGUGAUAGGCAAAAUGAUGACAGUAGGUCAAAUACAAGGACAAACAAUACAGAUGGAUGUUCUACAGAAAGAAAUACUCAUAUUGAAAAGGACAAGACAUUGUCAGCAUUUGAUGCCGCGAAAGUGGCAAAAGUGUGGCAAGAGGCAGUGGCUAGAGAUAAGUCAAAACCUCCUCUAAAGCUCAAACACAGACACGCAAAUCAGCUGUUCAUAAGGGGAGAUAAUGUUGUGUCCGUUAGUCUUGUGUACAAAUAAUUUCCAAAGUUAAUAAAAUUGUUAUGUUUUCACACAUGCUA